AUGGGGAAGAUAACAUUUUUUGAGGAGAAGAAAUUCCAGGGCCGCUGCUACAACUGCAGCAGCGACUGUGCCGACCUGCACACUUACUUCAGCCGCUGCAACUCGAUCCGGGUGGAGAGCGGAGUGUGGGUGAUAUAUGAGAAACCAAACUACAAGGGUUAUCAGUACGUCCUCACCCCUGGGGAGUAUGGCGACAACCAGCAGUGGAUGGCCUUCAGUGACAGCGUCAAAUCCUGCCGCUCCAUAAAGAAUAUUUAUGGAGAUUCUUGGAAGGUGAGGCUAUACGAGAGACCUGAAUUCGGAGGGCAGAUGUCAGAGCUGACUGAUGACUGUGCUUCACUGUACGAGACCUUGAAGAUGCGUGAAAUUUACUCCUGUGAGGUGACCCAUGGCGCCUGGGUGUUCUACGAGCUCCCUAACUACAGGGGGCACCAGUACUUCCUAGAGCGGGGCGAGUACCGGCAGCACAGCGACUGGGGAGCCACCUCGCCUGGCGUUGGGUCCCUCCGCAGGAUCACAGAGUUUUAA